CCGUGGAACUGGAUGGGUUUUCUGAUUUAUUUCAUUGAUUUGUUGCUGAACAAAUAUCGCUGUUUUGGAUUAUUUAAAAGGUGAUCCUAAUCGAGAUGCUGGAGCCUCAGGCGAAUCGGGUCAUGGCCCUGGCAGAGUGGGAGGAGUGCUGGCAAGAGGAAAGAAUUGGCUUCCAUCAGCCACGUGUGCACAAGAUGCUGGAGAGCAACAUGGAUAAAGUUGUCGCCGGACGGACGCAAGUUCGCUUCUUCUUCCCCCUCUGCGGAAAAGCCGUAGAUAUGAAGUGGCUCUCUGACAUAGGUCAUUCUGUGGUUGGGGUGGAGAUUUCCAAAAAGGCUAUCAAGCAGUUCUUUGAGGAGAACAACGUGCCGUACAGCGAGGAGCCGCUUCCUGACAUACCUGGCAAGCUUUAUAAGAGCACAGAGGGAAAUAUCUCCUUAUAUCAAUGUGACAUCUACAGUUUCUCCAGUUCCACUGAGGGCCAGUUUGGGGCGAUUUGGGACAGAGGCUCUCUGGUGGCCAUCAACCCCGGAGACCGAGAAAAAUAUGCUGCUCUCAUCAUGUCUCUGAUGGCCAAAGACUGCAGAUACCUCCUGGACACUUUGAUAUAUAAUCCAGAAUUAUAUAAAGGUCCUCCGUUUUUUGUGCCUGAUGAACAAGUACAUCAUCUUUUUGGGAACAGCUGCUUUAUCGAGCUGCUGCAGUCCGUCGAUGCCUUCACAGAGAAAGCUAAAGCAUGGGGACUGACCGCCCUGACUGAAAACGUGCACCUCAUCACUCCAAAGUCAACCUAAAAAUCACCUCCCACAUGUUCACAGUGUUAUAGCUCCUGAAGACCCAAAUCAAAUAAUCUGCUGCACUUUGAGGAAAACGUGUUUUUUAUUUCUGACUUAAUAAAAUGUGUUUGUAAA